UGCUGCUUUAUUGCGCCGUUUGUUUAUAUCGCCCAUUCGCUGCGUGGCCGUUGUGCAAUUUGCUCCCAUUUUCCACGUUUAAUUUUGGAAUCUGUGCCACGCUGCUUGCCAAAUUGCAUAUUCUAGAAUUUUCGAGAAUAUUCGAAAGUAUUACAUUUCAAUUUCCAUUCGAAUUUGUUUACUUUUUUUCUUUGUUUCUUUGUCCCACACACACCUUCACUUACAAGCACACACUUGUUUGGCCUGUGUGUGUGCGAGUCACGUUUAACGUUUUUCUUCCGUGUAUUUGUGGUUGUACAGUGGCUAUUGCCUAACAAUUAUUUCCAAAGCGAACUGUCCCCGAGCGGAGCUUCUGUGACGACCUCGAACAAAGAACAAAGAAAGCGUAACUGCAGUUUCCACUGUCAAUAUACAGCUUUACAGCCGUAUAUCCAAAUAUAACUGGCUUUAACCAGUAGCAACCAAAUUCGCAUUUGGUCAAAACCAGUUGCUGCAGCUGCCUAGCAUUGCAUUUCCGGUAGAAAAUCAAUAGACAAAGAGCUUGGAAAUUAACUGACAUGGAUGCCCAGGACAAAAAGAGUGAACAAGGUGGACAACCAGCUGGCCAGAGUGAGCUGGAUGAGCGUAGAAUGCGGACUGAUAGCGAAAGUUCGGUGGAGAGCAUGACGCGCUUCGUUUUGCCCAGCCUGGAUGGCACUCCGCCGAAGAUCGUGACCCUGGACGAGGUAUCCAGCAUGUUUAAGAACCUGCGGAACAUGGAACUGGCCCACGAGAUAGCCCUCAAUCCGGACUUUAAGCUGCAGAAGUAUGAACCGCCAUCGGAUAGUUUGGAGGGUGCCAUUAAGAAGAUGGUGCACAAGGCUUUCUGGGAUAUACUGCGUGAACAACUGGAGCGUCGGCCCCCUUCCUAUGACCAGGCCAUUCGGCUGUUGGCCGAGAUAAGAGAGUUAUUUCCCCAGUUGUUGUCGCCUAUGCAAGAACGGGUCUUGACCCAUAUUAACGAGGUGCUCGAUGACUCUGUUAUCCGCCAACAGGCGGAGCAAGGAACCCUUGACUUUCGCGCGUAUGCCACUUUUGUUAUCAACAUCCUAGCGCGCUCAUGCUCUCCAGCCAGGGAUGAAGCGGUGGAGGCUCUGCGGGAUUGUGGCGAUGUGGUGGAGACGUUCCGUAGCAUUCUUGAGGUAAUGACUCUGAUGAAGCUGGAUAUGGCCAACUUUAUGCUGGCACUAGCCCGCGCCGAGAUUGCCGCCAAUUCGGUGCAGUAUGAGAAGGAGAAGUUUAGCAAGUAUUUGAAGGAGUUCCAUGGAAAUGCUGGCUUUCCGGCAACUGAGGAUUGGCUUCAGCGUCAUCGUUCUGGCAGCAAUAAGGAUGAGACCAUUUACAAUGCCUACAUGCAGCUGAUUGAUUAUCCGGCUGACAAGGAGUUUCCGGAACUGUUGCGCAUUGACAAGGACCGUUUUGAGGGCUUGAGUUGGCGUGCACAGCGAUUGAUCUUAUGCGCUUCGCUCAUCUCGAUUGCUCAGAGCACGCCUAUCAUAUCGCAGCGCCGCGAGAAUCGCAUUAAACUGUCCCAGGAGUUGGAUGUCAUUGUACAGGAUGUGAAAAACCAGGACCAAGUAGCCACUGCCAUUGAAAGCUGCUAUGAGCAAAUUCGGUCUUUUGUUAACAAAGCCCUGGAACAAGAGAAAGCGCCGGCGAUGAGUGAUGCUGACCAGGCGGCACUCAAGACUCAGGUGCUUAAUCUAGCCAACAAGGCUUCACCAGUUCUUAGUUUGAUGGCAAAACGAUUGGAUGGCUAUGUGCGGGUCACACUGCGCUCCAAUGGAAGCAUUCCGCCGCCGCCAGCCGGAUUCGCGGACUACCAGGAGGAGCUGGUUGCAUUUAUCGCCUCGUUCCGUCGUCUUGUCUCCUACAAUCAUGCCGUUUUCGGGGAGCACUUUCAUCAGAUCCUCAACAAGACGAUGGCCGGCGAGGAGACUGAGUCCACAGCUGCCACAGGCAGUGGAGUAUCCGCUGGCCAGGCUCAGACUGCCAAGCCUUAGGGAGAAGGAGUUGAUUCGUCUUAGGCAUUACACAAUAUUAGCAAACAACAUUCAGAGACACCUGUAAGGAACUUGAGGAAAUGGAGGAGAUCUGAUGUUGAAGCAACUGGAGUGACUAGACAGCAGCAUCUCCGUGAAAAAGGAAGCGAGCAAAUUCUUCGUUUCUUCCAAAUUUCGCAGUUGAUUUUUCAUGAAGUGACGCGUGACACUUGCGUCGAAAAUUUGAAACACACCCCCUAAAACCACCAAAAGUAAACCCCAGAAGUCUAUCAAAAAUAUUAGAAACAAGACAAAGGGAUCUGUGGUAUAUAAAGACAGAUGAAAAAGGACUGUUCUGGGGCGUCUGUGAUAACAAGAAUAUUCAAGAUAAAAUCCUUUUGUGAGUCUCAUGAAAGCGAACUCGAUUGUGUGUGUGCUCUACCAUUUCAUUUUGGACUUGCUACUACAGAUCGGUUAAUCGACCAACCAUAUUUUUAAUCUUCUAUACCCCUACUUACAAUAAAUAUUUAGAUUAUAUAUUAUAGAUACAUGUGUGACCCCCUCUAACCCUUGGACUAAUCCCAUAGUUUAGGCACGUGUUAUUUACAUGAUUUUAAUCCUUAUUGAAUUUAGUUUAAUGGUUCUAUUGAUCAAUUUUAAAUUUGCGGUCGCGUGAAUUGAGUGAAGUAGAAGGAAAACUGGCUCACAGAAACAUUGUGUGUGCAUUCAUAUAUAAAUAUAUUUAACUAGUUUACCGAUAUUCGAAAUAAAUGAAAUUAAAAUGA